GUGACUGCACCUUUACUUAAUUUUAUCAACAAAGAAAAACCGGUAGUCCGGUACUACUUUCAUGUUAUUUUUUUAUAAAGAUAAAAAUAAUUUUUAAUAAUUGUUUUAAUCUUGAAAAUAAUGAGUGACGAACCCCAAAGCACAACUGAUGCUUCUAAAAAAAUUAAGUCUAUUAAUAAAGAAGCAGUUCAUCAAAUAUGCUCUGGUCAGGUGGUUUUUGAUCUUGCAAUUGCCGUAAAAGAAUUAGUGGAAAAUAGUUUGGACAGUGGUGCUACAACUAUUGAAGUUAAACUCAUAGAUUAUGGGAAAUCAUGUAUUACAAUAUGUGACGAUGGAUCUGGAAUUUUAGAAUGCGACUUUGAGGAGUUGUGUCUCAAGCAUCACACAUCGAAAUUGAAAGAUUUUUCAGACCUUACCAGUAUUGACACAUUUGGUUUUCGAGGCGAAGCAUUGAGCUCAUUAUGCGCUCUUGGAGAUGUUACAAUUAUCACCAAACAUUCAACUUGCGAGCACACUUUUACACUGACAUUCGAUAAAAAUGGAAAAUUAACGAGUAAAGAAGAAAGUCCUCAUAAGCAAGGAACAACAGUUCAUGUGAAAAAUAUUUUUAAAACACUACCAGUUCGAUUAAAGGAAUUCGAAAGGAAUAUAAAAAAGGAAUUUUCCCGUGUUGUUCAGGUUUUGUAUGGCUAUUGUCUAGUUUCGGUUGGUGUUAAAAUAAAGUGCACGAAUUCUAUCGGAAACAAACCUCCAAUUCUCAUUGUCUCUACAAAUAAAGCAAGUAAAGUUCUCGAGAACGUCAAAUCGGUAUUUGGCGUUAAAGCCAUUGAUGGUUUAAAGGAAAUCGUCAUGGAAUUUCCAAAUGAAGAAAUUUUAGAGGAAUAUAAAUUGCCUUUGAAUAUCCCGAUUGAUUUCACAUGGGAGUGUUACGUGAGUAAUUCCAAUCACAAUGUAGGACGUUCUUGUCCUGAUCGACAGUUUUUUUAUGUAAAUGGUCGACCUUGUGAUCUUACGAAAAUCAGCAGGCUCAUCAAUCACACAUAUCAUAAAUAUAAUAAUAAACAGUAUCCUUUUGUUUUCUUGAAUUUGAAACUCAAACAAGAUUGUGCUGAUGUCAAUGUUACACCUGAUAAGAGAAAAAUAUUUUUCACUCAAGAACAAUUGAUUCUCGCGACACUCAAAACUAAUUUGCAACGGGAAUGGGAAAGUUCUCAACAAAUAUUUUCAUUGUCAACUGAUUAUAAUUCAAUUAAGAAAGGAAGAAGUAAGAGGAAUAUUUCUCCUGUCAACGAUUCUUUUCCCUCACCAAAAAGACACCAGUUUUCGAAUUUAAAAAAAGAGAGCAAAGAUAUAAAUGAUCAGAAUAAUGAAAAUGAACAAUUUGAACAAUUUCAAAAUCCAUCAAAAGAAAAGAAAAAAGUAAUCAAUUUAAAAGAGUUGGAGUUAAUGGUAGUUAGAGAUUCAACUAUCAUGAAAAUGGAAACCACCUUAGAAAGAAUUCGUAAUAAAUUACAAACGCAAAAAGAACAAAAAGAACCAGAUGAGACGAAAUUAAAAAGAAUGAAAUAUAAAAUACAACUGAGCCAAAAAAAUGAAGAUGCUGAAAAGGAGCUUGAGAAAGAACUAACUAAAGAUUCUUUUAAAAAUAUGCAAAUUAUAGGACAGUUCAAUUUAGGUUUCAUAGUGACUAAGCUCGACAGCGAUUUAUUUAUCAUUGACCAGCAUGCUAGUGAUGAAAAAUUUCGAUUCGAAAAACUAAACAACGAAACUAAAUUAAAAACUCAAUUAUUAAUUGUUCCAAAACUUUUGAAUCUUUCUACUCUUAAUGAAACAAUUUUAAUUGACAAUCAAACUAUAUUUGAAGAUAAUGGAUUUUCAUUUGCAAUAAAUCGUGAAGCAAGUCAAGGUCAUCGAGUAAAAUUAAUUGGAAUGCCUGUAAGUGGUGGAUGGCAAUUUGAUGAACAGGACAUCGAGGAAUUAAUUUUUCUUAUUAAAGAAGAUGGUCUUGGAGAUAGUGGAAUUUUUCGAAUACCACGACCAAGUAGAAUAAAACAAAUGCUUGCUUCAAGAGCAUGUCGCAGCGCAGUUAUGAUUGGAAAAACUUUAAAUCCAAUUGAAAUGCAUAAAAUUGUAACUCAAAUGUCAACGAUGAAGAAUCCUUGGAAUUGUCCUCAUGGUCGACCAACUAUUAGACAUUUAUUUUCUCAAUGCUUUCUAACCUGAUGAAUAUUUUAUAUAUUUUAUAUAUUUUAUACAUUUUAUAAAUUAAUAAAUUAAUAAUUUGAGUAAA